GAGGCACCUAAAUAAAUUGAUAUGUAUCAUCAGGUCAAAAACUUUCAAUUUACACAAUGAGGUGACAAAAAUUAAUAUAAAUACGUGGAAAGGAGGAAAAUAAUAAUUUACACGUUAUAUGAAGGUUCCCAAGUUUUCAAGUGUUGCACACAGACUAAUAAUGGAUGUGGCCAAGUUACAUAACUCUGAUGAUGAUGAUGACAAGAAAGAAGAAGAAGUUGUGCUUCCUGGGUUUAGAUUCCAUCCAACAGAUGAAGAACUUGUGGGGUUUUAUCUGAGACGAAAGGUGGAGAAGAAGCCUCUGAGAAUUGAACUCAUCAAACAGAUUGACAUCUACAAAUAUGAUCCAUGGGAUCUUCCAAUGAGUUCAGUUGGGGAGAAGGAAUGGUACUUCUUUUGCAUAAGAGGGAGAAAAUACAGGAACAGCAUAAGGCCUAAUAGAGUGACAGGUUCUGGAUUUUGGAAAGCCACAGGGAUUGACAAGCCUAUAUACUGUGUUAGAGAACCCCAAGAAUGCAUUGGUCUAAAGAAAUCAUUGGUCUACUAUCGUGGAAGUGCUGGUAAAGGUACCAAAACUGAUUGGAUGAUGCACGAGUUUCGCCUCCCACCCAAUGGAAAAACUAGCAAUAAUCCACAAGCUAAUGAUGCCAAUGAUGUUCAAGAAGCUGAAGUGUGGACGCUAUGCCGAAUAUUCAAACGAGUCCCAACUUACAAGAAGUACACACCAAAUUUGAAAGACUCGGCAGCACCAAUCACUGAGCCAAAUCACCCCACAAACUCUUCAAGUUCCAAAACAUGCAGCUUAGAAUCUGACAACUGCAAGCCAUACUUGACUUUCACAAACUCAUCAUCACCACAACUCAUUCUACAAAAUGAAAGGAAACCAAUUAUUAAUGGACAUGUUGACGUUGAACGUAACCACUUAUUUCUAGGUCAAUUAGGCAAUGUAGCUCAGGCUCCAAGUUUUUGGAAUCAUCAUCAGAAUAAUAAUGUGGAAUUUGCUAAUGAGAAUUGGGAUGAUCUCACAUCUGUGGUUCAGUUUGCUAUUGAUCCAUCCAGGGUUUCUGAUCAUAGUAAAGAAUUCAAUAGAUUUUAAGAGCAUUUUGAUGCUUAAACUACACUAAUAACAGUAACAUAGUUUUAAACUUUUAAUAUCUCUCAGUUUGACCAAAUAGGAGUAUUUUGUUAUUUUUUCUUUGGCCCAUUUGACAAAAUAUAUUAUUGUAUGAACGGGUUAUAGUUUUGAUAUUAUUUGUCAUACA